AUGAACAUGGAGGAACAGGCUGACGGCACAUACAAUGCGUUUAUCGAGGCUAUGCGACAACGGGAAUAUCCCAUGCUCAAAGAUACUACAUAUCUCGAUCAUGCCGGAACUACACUAUACGCAAAGUCCUUAAUCGAGCGGUUUUCGGCGGACAUGAUCUCGAACCUAUACGGCAACCCACACUCAGGUUCCGCUUCCUCCCAAUUAUCCACGAGACGUAUCGAAGAUAUAAGAUUGCGACUCCUCAGUUUCUUCAAAGCGGAUCCGGCUGAGUUUGAUGUUGUUUUUGUUGCUAAUGCGACUGCUGGCAUCAAGCUCGUUCUAGAGGCUUUCAGGGACCAGGAGCAUGGAUUUUGGUACGGAUGUCACAGGGACUCUCAUACGAGUCUGGUUGGCCUACGAGAAGCUGCAAACCAGCACAGAUGCUUUGCCUCGGACAUCGAAGUGGAGCAGUGGUUGUCGAACGAGACAACAAUUUCGCAAGACAUUGGAUUGUUUGCGUACCCAGCUCAGUCUAACAUGAACGGCCGCCGCCUCCCAUUGAAUUGGUCUCACCGGGUCCGGACAAACAUCAAGCAGGAUAAUCAUCGGGUCUACACUCUACUGGAUGCCGCUGCUCUUGUAUCAACGUCGCCUUUGGAUCUGAGUGACGGUAAUACCGCUCCCGAUUUCACCGUCUUGAGUUUGUACAAGAUAUUUGGUUUCCCAGAUCUUGGAGCUUUGAUUGUUCGUAAAGCGUCCGAACACGUUUUCAACAAACGACGCUACUUUGGCGGUGGAACUGUCGACAUGGUAGUUUCUAUGAAGGAACAAUGGCACGCGAAGAAAUCCGAAACCUUACACGACCGUCUCGAGGAUGGAACUCUGCCGAUUCACAGCAUCAUGGCGCUUGACUCUGCGUUGAGCGUGCACCAUGAGCUCUUUGGAAGCCUAGAGCAAACCUCGAGGCAUACAGCGUUCCUAGCGAAGAGGCUGUAUGAUGGGUUGGCUAAAUUGAGGCAUGGGAAUGGUCUGACGGUUUGUGAGAUCUACAAAGAUCCAUCGGCAACCUACGGCGAUGUGAAGACACAAGGGCCCACCGUGGCUUUCAAUAUACGAAAUAGCUCUGGCGGCUGGGUGAGCAAUGGCGAGGUCGAAAAGCUAUCAACGGUGAAGAAUCUUCAGAUCAGGACGGGUGGACUCUGCAACCCAGGAGGGAUUGCCUCGUCCCUCGGACUAGCCCCUUGGGAGAUGAAGGAGAACUUUUCAGCUGGUCAACGGUGUGGAAAUGAUGACAACGACAUCAUGAGAUCUAAACCGACAGGUAUGAUUCGUGUCAGCCUCGGAGCUAUGAGCACAGUCGGCGAUGUGAAUGCUUUUGUCGACUUUGUCCGCGAGUUCUUCGUGCAGCCGGAGUCACAAUUGCCUUCAUACUCGCCAGUGAUGUCUCUAGACGGAAAGCCACCAACAUCGAGCCCAUUUCACGUGGAGAGCUUGACUAUCUACCCGGUCAAGAGCUGCGCGGGAUGGAGAGUACCAGCCGGAAAAGCGUGGGAAGUGCGCCGAGAGGGCCUGGCCUGGGACCGUGAGUGGUGCUUGGUGCACCAAGGCACAAGUGUCGCACUGAGCCAGAAGCGCUACCCCAAGAUGGCUCUGAUUCGACCGAGUCUCGACCUGGACGAGGGCCUGCUUCGUAUACGAUUCGCCGGCGCCUCUCAAUCACCAACAUUACCUUCAGAAGUCACCGUGCCGCUUUCAGGUAACCCUGCCUUCUUCUCCAACGGGUCGCUGUUCGAACAAAAACCAACUAGAGUUUGUGGAGACUCUAUCUCUGCAAAGACGUACAAGUCAAAAGAACUCUCGAGCUUCUUUAGCCAGGCGCUAGGGGUGGCUUGUCAUCUUGCUCGUUUCCCGGCUGCCGGGAGCGGGAUGGAUUCGACAUCGUCAUUGAGGCACGCCAAAGCCCACCUCCAGCGACAUCACGUACCCCCCAGAAUGCAAGUUCCCGGCGCCUUUCCAGAUGAGGUGCCUGCCCCAGAUGCAGUGGGCGCCAGGAAGCCAAUACUGCUGUCGAAUGAGAGCCCGAUCUUGACCAUUUCCAGGUCCAGCCUCAACCGGCUCAACGAGCUAAUCAAAGCAGAGGGCGGCAAGGCGGCGCAAGUAGAGGUGUUUCGUGCUAAUAUCGUUGUGGCCGAGGACCUGGCAUCCGCUCCCGGAUCGGAGCAGCCCUAUGCAGAAGAUCAUUGGCGAUGCAUGCAGAUUGGCAGACAAUACUUCCAGAUGCUGGGGUCGUGCCGCAGGUGUCAGAUGGUCUGCGUGGACCAGCACACGGCAGAGAAGAAUGAAGAGCCGUUCGUGACGCUGUCCAAGACGCGUCGGUUCGACGGCAAAGUGUUCUUCGGGCAGCACACCUGCCACCUGGCGCUUGGGGAUGCUUCUUCCCCGGCGGCCCAGAAUCCGACGAUAUCAGUGGGCGACGCUGUCCGUCCGUAUGGGGACGAAGACAUGAACGAAGACGAGGUUCUUCGAGCCGCAGUCAAUUGCUAA